AUUUUUUUCCUUAAGCGAGAGUACAGUACCGUCCUGUAAGCUGCUUCAGAGCGUCUGGUCGGCGGCCUCGGAGAGCCAUGGAGGGGAAGCGGCCGCUAGUAGUCUUGUUCGAUCUCGGCGGCGUCCUUUUGGGUAGCACUCAGAUACUUUUCCGAACUCUGGAGAAGACUGUGGGCUUGCCUGGAGGUUUUUUUCAAAAAGUCGUUCAACAUGGUGGCUCUGAUGGACCUUUCUCCAAAGGGAUGACUGGACAGAUUGGAUUAACUCAGCUUAUUGCUGACUUUGAAGAUGAUUGCAAGGAAGUUUCUUCUGCUUCUAAUAUCCCCCUCCCUGAAAACUUCUCACUGAGCGAGAGUUUUGGCAAAACGAUGGCAAAAAGUGGCUUGAGUGUACCCUUCCUGAAGGCUGCUAUGCUUCUCAAGAAAAAUGGUUUCAGAAUUGCUGUCUUGACAAACAACUGGAUUGAUGAUACUCCUAGCAGGCAUCACACAGGGUUUGUCUUAUGUCUGCUGAGGAAAUACUUUGAUAAGGUGAUUGAGUCUUGUCGGAUUGGCCUGCAGAAACCAGACCCCAAGAUUUACGAGUAUGCAUUACAUGAGCUGAAUGUAACACCUGAGGAGGUUAUUUAUCUGGAUGACAUUGGUGCAAACUUAAAGCCUGCUCAGAAGAUGGGGAUGACAACAAUCCUAGUGAAAGAAGCUGAUUCUGCUUUGAAGCAGCUUCAAGAUCUGACUGGGGUUCAGCUUCUUGACCAGGAAGAAUAUCUUCCUUCAGCAUGUGAACCCCAGGAUGUGGCCUAUGGAUUUGUAAAAAUCAAGCCAGACACUGAGUUGCACUUUGUAGAGAUGGGGAGUGGUCCAGUGAUUUGCCUCUGCCACGGAUUUCCAGAGUCCUGGUUUUCUUGGAGGUUCCAGAUUCCUGCCCUUGCUGAUGCUGGCUUCCGAGUCAUUGCCUUGCAAAUGAAAGGCUAUGGGGAUUCUGUGGGUCCACCAGAUACAGAAGCAUAUUCUCAGGAAGAAAUUUGUAAGGAUUUGGUGAUCUUUCUGGACAAAAUGAGCAUUGUUCAGGCGACAUUCAUUGGUCAUGAUUGGGGUGGUGUCACAGUGUGGAAUAUGGCUCUCUUUUACCCAGAGCGAGUCAAGGCAGUGGCUGGAAUAAACACACCUUAUACGCCUUCAAAAGUUGGAGUGGAUAUUGUGGAAAGGCUAAAACUCAUUCCUGUUUUCGAUUAUCAGUUCUACUUCCAAGAGCUAGGAGUCGCAGAGGCUGAACUGGAGAAAGAUAUAAUCCGAACUCUGAAGAUUGUGAUCCGAUCUAGCAGGAAGGAGGAUGAAAUGGGAGGACCUUCUCUUAGUACAGCUGGAGUUAGGAAGCGAGGGGGGCUGUUGGUGGGACUUCCUGAAGACCCACCUCCAAGUUCUCUUCUUCCAGAGCCAAUCCUCCAGUACUAUGUACAACAAUAUCAAAAAUCUGGAUUCAGGGGUCCACUGAACUGGUACCGAAACAUGGAAAGAAACUGGUCUUGGGGUGCUACUGCCCAGGGCAGAAAGAUCACAGUUCCUGCCCUGAUGGUCACUGCUGGAAAGGACAGAGUCCUCAGUCCAGAAAUGAGCAAGCACAUGGAGAACUGGAUUCCGCAUUUGACUCGUGGACAUAUUGAAGACUGUGGGCAUUUCACACAAAUGGAGAGGCCUGCAGCUCUGAACAAAAUCCUGAUCGAAUGGCUGGAAGAUGUUCACAAAAAUGCUUCAUUGCAAAAAAACGCCAAGCUUUGAAGAGGACUUCAGAUCACAAAUUGGCUAAACCGUUAGCCAAUUCAUUUAUGGAACGAGGAAAUAAUUCAUAAGAUAAUUGAUUAUGGAGCUCUUGCAGUGCUUUUGGAAUUAAUAUAUGGUUGAUCUUUGAAAAAUUCAAUGCAUUGGAAAGAAUUAGUUAUGAUCCACACAAAAUGGAGUUUUAAAAAAUAGCCUAAACAGAAUGCUGAAAACAUAACCAUACUGAGAUUAUGCUGUCCUUUGAUAGCAAUCCUUUUGAUUAUUUUGAGUCAGAGAGAGAAAAAAAUAGAAGAAAAUUCAUAAUGGCCCAGCUCUGUUCACACAUUGUUUGGACCAUGUUUUAUUUAAGCAGAGAUUACUGAGUGGAUAACAAUUGGAUGGGUUCAUGUAGUAUACUGUGUCCAAACCAAAUAGUACUGCCCUUUAACACAAGGUAAGAGCUAUGGUGGCAGAAUACAGUAUGGCAUCUCUGUUCACUACCAGGAGUUCGAUUCUCACCGGCUUAAGUUUGACUCAGCCUUCCAUCCUUCUGAGGUCAGUAAAAUGAGGACGCAGAUUGUUGGGGGCAAUAUGAUUUAUUUAUUUUAUUUUUUUAUUUUUUUAUUUGCAUUUAUAUCCCGCCCUUCUCCGAAGACUCAGGGCGGCUUACACUGUGUUAACCAAUAGUCUUCAUCCAUUUGUAUAUUAUAUACAAAGUCAACUUUUAUUGCCCCCAACAAUCUGGGUCCUCAUUUUACCUACCUUAUGACUCUAAACCCCUUAGAGAGGGCUGUAAAGCACUAUGAAGCAGUAUAUAAGCCUAAGUGCUAUUGCUCUUGCUGAUUUGUGAUCCAGUUAUAGUUUCCCUAACAUAUUGGAAUCAAGUUUAAAUCCUAAUUUGUGGGCAGCUUAAAUCACAGCUUCUCAGUUCAGAUGGAUCUAAAAGGGAUUUAACAAACUCAGGAUGCAUCAUCUGAAACAGGCAAAAGGCAGGACAAAAACGUUUGAUUAAUGCUGUGAUUGGAGAUGGGGUUGCUGUCCAGAUAUUGGUAUCAGUAUUAUUAUGAUAGACUUUUUGGGCUGUGGCAGAUGGAAGUUGUGCUCACAAACUUCUGGAGAGUCAUAACCCUGUACUGGACUAACUCUGGUAUUCAGUUUAACUUCAUGAUUCAUGUACCUUGAUGAACGUAUCUUUUCUUUUAUGUACACUGAGAGCAUAUGCACCAAGACAAAUUCCUUGUGUGUCCAAUCACACUUGGUCAAUAAAAAAUUCUAUUCUAUUCUAUUCUAUGCUUAUGAACGUUCAAGUGUUUGUUUUGCAACAGUUUGUGUUCAUUUCUGAAAAGAUACUAUUGAUUGGAGUUUUUCAAAUUGUGUUCCACUGGAAUCCUAGGUUUUCACAAGAAAUUGAUGGGGUUUGGCAAGAGAAUGAGGAGAAAAAUUCAUUCAAAAGUGGCUAAAUUUGUACCACUGGAAUUCCUGGGAUUAUUUUUUGCCUUUAACUAACAAAUUUUGGCUGAAAAAAAUUGAACAUGCCAUAUGUCUACUAUUCUUUCAUGCAACUGUAUUUUUUCCUGGGAUCAAAGGGAGAAAAGAUGGCUCCAUCCAGAGUCAUUUGCAUCUUCCAACCCUCCUUUUGUGAAUUGAACCUGAAGCACUACACGUAUGUGUUGUGUGUAGCCAUGUUAGCAAUCACUUAGAGAACCCGAAACCCUUCUGAAUUUCUUGUACAAAGUAGAAAGACAUGAAACUUAAACAGAAAUAUUUCUUUGCAUACUUUGCAAAAAAGUAUGGAUGCUGUUUCUUUCAGCUGAGGUUGGUCUGUAUUUUUCAGCAGAGAUUUUAAAUAGGAGGAUUUGGUACUAAUAUCGUAUUUUUUUCUGCAUAUUGGUGUGCUUUGGUACUGCUGAGAAAAUAAUUGGUUUCUGAAGAAACACAGCUUCUGUUCCUUUUUCUUAAAAUAAAGCAGUCUUUAAGGCACAGUUUCUCAACCUCAGCAAUUUUAAGAAGGGUGGAAUUCUGGGAAUUGAAGUCCACCCAUCCUUAAAUGAACAAUGAGAAUGGUUGGAGACUCCUUUCAGUCUCUUACCGGUUUUGAAUGAUGCUUAAGCUAAUAUCUUCCACCCAGGGUUUGAGGAAAGGUUGAGGAAUCUGUCCUUUAUGCUCAUUUCAUAAAGAUCUCUGCAAUAGGUUGGGAUUUAUGGAUGAUUAGAGCAGUAUUUCAUAACCUUGGCAACUUAAAGAUGGGUGGACUUCAACUUCAUACUGUUUGAGGAAUUCUGGAAAUUGAAGCCCACCCAUCUUAAAGUUCUCGAGGUUGAGAAAUACUGAUUUAAGGCAAUCGCAAGCUGGCUUGGAAUUCUGGGACAAAAAUAAUGGAAUAGAUUUGAGAUCUUUUUUACAUACCAACAUGUGCCUUGCUACAGAAUAAAGCCCCUUGUCUUCACUGAGUGUUACUCUAAGGCAGGGCUGUCAAACUGAAGGCCCACGGGCCACAUGUGUCCCGAGCUGGCCACACCCACGCCCAGUUUAGCGAAGGGGGAAAAAGUCCCGAUGCAUCAGGUGAUGCCGCCGUGACAACGUGAGUUUGACACGCCUGCUCUAAAGCGACACCAGAAAAUGCCUGGACAGCACGUGAGUGGUACAUUCUUGGGUAUGCGGUUAUGUGCUAUUACUUGUAGAAUACCAAUCAAUAGAAUAAAGUUUUGGAAACAGUA